AUGGCAUCAGAAGACUUAUUUCCACCGACUCAGUCCCAGACGCCUAGAUUUCAGGGCGUUAGUUUUGACUAUGACACUGAUAAUCAAAAGAGGACUCCUUUUACAAUUGUGGACUGCAAGCCAUUUCUUUACAGAGACAUUGAGUGUAGGGCCAAAGAAGAGGAUAAAAUAGCUCAACAGAAUUUGAAGGUCCAUGAAAAGAGCACAUUUUCCUCACGAGCAAAGUCUCGAGACUCUGUGAAAAAGAUGGACUCAGUCAUUGAAAGAGAGACCCGGGCUACAGUAGAUAAAGUGUUUAUUACUUCUAGUCCCAACUGGGCUCUUACUUUUGCAAAAUGUUGCCAAAGUGACAAACAGUCUUUAACAGAUUAUAUCAAGGAACAGAAGGAGUUGUUUCUGCUGCAGUACACAGUAAAAGUGAAAAAACAAACUAUAAAGAAGCUGGAGAAAUUAGCAAUGCAAGCCGAGAAAGAGGCCAGCUCUGCUGAAGCAAAGCUAGAAGACGAUACAAUUGCAUUUGAGGAAUUUCUGAAAGAAAACGACCGAAGUUCUGCAGAUGCACUUAAAAUUGCAGCCCAAGAAACAAAAUCUAAAAUGGAAAUGGCAGCAGAUGUAAAGUCUGCUAUUAAUGAACUCUUCGCUGUUAAAAGUGAAAUUGCAAAUGCCGAAUUCCUUCUCAUGGAGAGUUUAUAUUAUGAAGAUUUUUUGAUGAAACUUUCUCCUAAAGAAUGGCAAGAAGAACAGAGAACAAAAAAGUUGAAAGCAAGAAUAGACAAACAGAGAGAAAGAGAGAUCAUGCAGCGAGAAAUGAUUACAUGUGCUUUCACUCCACACCAAGAAAAAGAAAGUGCACGCAAAGAGAAGAGAAGUUCUUCAAUACCACGCCAACCACACCACGGUUCUAUUUUUUUAAAGCAAAAUAGACUCUAUGCUGCAAGUACAGAGAGGCGCAUCAGCAACUUUGAGAAAAGUGCUGGACACAAUAGGAAAGCAUCAGCUCUAAAAAAUGAACGCAGGUCUUCUAGAAAGCUCACAGAAGCAGACUUGGGUGAAGAAGUGAAAAUGUUAAAUGAGUGGGAAAGCGAAAGUGAUUGUGCAAUUCAUGAAGAUUCCUUGAAAGACUUGGACAUGGAUAUGGUGCCAGAAAUAUAUUUCACAGAUCCAAAACAGUUACUUCAGAUCUUCACAGAGUUAGAGGAACAAAAUCUUGCAUUGAUCCGAAAUAACCAAGACUUAGAUGAAACUAUGGAUGAACUUGAGCAGAUGGCAAAAAUUAUAAAGGCAAAACUAGAAGAAAAAGUAAGUAUUGUUGUAGGACAUAAAGAAAUUCUUAAAGCUGCCUGCAUCAAUGAAGAGGAAAAAUGCACAGAUUUGGCACUAAGGGCUAAAAUGUUUUCUUUUGGAGAGUUUAAUCCAGAAAUCCAG